CGAACAUUCUAAAUGAUCCAGGGAGCCUCAUCCGUCCAAUAAUAUCACACUAGUAUUUCCAUCAGUUUUGUGGAUCCGUUGUGGAUGGUACAAAGCCUUCGAGGUCGACAGAGAAUAACACAGCAGACGAUACGCUCGGUAUCACGUUCAUCGGAAUCUUGCUCUCGGCCAUUAUAUUCGGGAUAACAACUCUUCAAGCGUACAUGUAUUACACUCGGUAUUCUGAAAAUGAUCGUCUCGCGUUCAAGUUAAUGGUGGCUUCUUUAAUGUCGCUGGAUGCAUUUCAUGAGGCAUUGAUCAUAAUAUACUUCUAUCAUUACGCGAUCACCAACUUUGGGGAUUAUGAUGCUCUUCAGCAAUCUACCUGGUACGUCCUGAUCGAGGUUCCCAUCACUAUACUGAUGGGUACAAUGAUCCAACUCUUCUUCGCCUGGAGAAUUUAUCAUCUCAGCAAAAAGAACCUUGUCAUUCCCCUUGUCGUCGCUAUACUUGCUAUAGCUGCUCUACCACCGAGCGUUCUAUUCGUCACUACGGUAUGGGGAAAAGAGCUUCUAGCCGCAACUGUUCUCGGAAAGAAAUGGACUAUCUCGAUUAUCUCGCUCGAACUUACGGGAGAUGUGAUCAUCAUGUGUUCUAUGAUGUAUUACCUCCAAAAGACUAAAAGCACAUUCACGGGCACGAACAAGAUUUUGACCCGGAUGAUAACUUACUCCUUGAACACCUGCCUGCUCACCACAGUAUUUGCGAGCCUAGCCCUGAUCACAUUCUUGACCUUACCUUCCAACCUUGUUUACUCGCCUUUCUUCUUCAUACUUGCCCGACUCUACCCUUGCUCGUUCAUAUCCACGCUUAACUCUCGUGAUGGACUGCGCCAAGAGCUAAGCCAUUCAGUACAGCUCGCCAGUCUGUCAAGUGGAGCUAGAAGUACGAUGUCGCACUCGAGCAGGCCUUCUGUUCCGAAGCGAUACAGUGUGGCCUUCACCGAGGCGCCAGAGGACGCAGCCGAUCCAAGGCAGGAGGAUGCACCAUGGAACAAGGGCUUACCAAGAGUUCCUAGCAAGACCAACCUAUCAACUGAGUGA